CCUCACAGAACGCACCCACCUACUCUUACCUUACACUCCUUUAAUACGCGUGCCGCGCUCCUAGACAGGCUGGUCCGACGUCUCGUGCGACCCCUAAUCGCCACUCUACUCUGCUCCCUACGCGCAGAAUGCCUUCCAUCAUCAAGUCUUCGUUCCUCGCCCUGCUGCUGCUCGUGCCCCUGGUCCACCCCUCGCCCGUCAUCCCCACCGGGGCUACGGCGCACACAUCCUGGCGGCUCCGCAACGACCCGGAAACUCUCCUCGGGCGACGCUACGUCGUCCAGAAUCACGUCCCCUCCCCCGUACCCGCCUCAGACGGCGCCGCCCCGCUGCCUCCGCGUUCAACGUACGCAAGUCACCAAGCCACGUCGAGACGCAGCACGCGGUUCGCAAAGUAUCUCGCCGAGCGCGCUGCGACAAGCGAGCGCAUCCAGAUCCCCGGCGGGACGGUCGUUAGCGACAACGAAUCGGACGUCGGCGCUGGCUCGUCGGGCAUGGGCACGAAGGUCACCAAGGCGGGGAACACGGAGUUGGACGAGGUGCCCUCGUCGAACCGCCCGUACAGCACGGCGGUGACGCUUGUUCCGCGCCCGAGCGGGACUGCGCAUGCGAAGACGGUGGCUGGCAAUACCACCAGCACUACCGCCAAACACAGGAAGGCUGCUUAGACGAGCUUGAGCGUGAGGGACGCGGAUCGUGGUGGCUCUGGGAGCUCAUCUCGGCGGCACGCUUUGGACAUGACAUAGAGCAUACACUACACGACUCCCAUUCACAUAUGUAGCUAUAGUUCUGUUAAUGACACCACUCGGAGCUCAGACCUGCAUCUCGAGAGAACCACAUUCACCACAUCGCGGAUGCCGCUUCUUCAUCGGACGAUGUCGAUGUGUGAUGCAUGUCCGUGGCGUUGAACCCGUGUGCAGCCCGCCGAUUGUUAAGUGUCCUUGCUCAACCCAAAGCCCGAUGUUAGAGUAC